CACUCUCGUCCCCUGAUCCAAAAGAUCCAUGCACAUCAUGUAUACACAAACAUACGCAUCUGCAUGGCCUCCUGAGACCCACGGACACCUCACCGACUGCCUGCUUGUCCCUCUGGUUGAUUCAUUCAUUGUUUUCUACCAGCAGGAGGCCGCCCGCCUCAGCUUCGAGAUUUUCCGAUAACGCACUUGCCGACAGAUCUUGAGGGAGACAGGGGGAGGGAGAGAGAGGGAGGGAGGCCAACAUGACACACAUCCAUCCAUCCAUCCAUCCACCCAUCGCUCUCUCUCGACUGCAAACUCAGAGGCUCUGUUCAACGGCCACCUUGUACACGCCAGGUACAUGUACUGGGGCCUUCCCAUGGAUUUCCAGGCCAAUUGGCCAAGGAACCGAUAGCGAUUUUGUGCCGAUGGUUCUCUGGAACGUCACGUCGACCUACCAACAUCUCCACAUACAGCAAUGGUUGUCAGUUCUCUCACUGUCACCGUCUCUUCCACUCACUCAAUCACUGACUGCACCGUUUCCACCGCUCAGACGACGCCCUGAUGGACCAGGAGGACGACGAGCGGGAGCUUUUCUGCACGCCUCACGGGUCCAUGAGACGUGGAUGAGCUCCUCUCCUGACAUCCCCUCAUCCACGUCUCAUGCACGCCUUUAUGCGUCUGCUGGAGCACGUCCUUCGGCGUGUCGCGCAACGCUGCCCCGCCUUCCUCAAGCACCUGGACUAGUGGCUGGACGAGUGCGGCUUUCCGCCCUACUGUCGGUUCGCUUGCCAGACGAGAAUGUCAACAGCUUCAUGGACCAGCUUCAGAAGCUCAUCUCAGUAUAAGGCCGAUCAGAAGAAGACCACGAGAAUCACCACGCCCGUUUGUCGACGUUGGUGUCUCUUUGUGUACUUUCGGAACUUUCGGAACAUGUGUGUGCGUCUGUGUGCGUUUGUGCAGGUUGAGUGUGAUGGACAUUCCUGCUUUGUUGUAUGCAGCGGCCGUGCUCGCCAUGCAACUGAUUCGUGGACUUCCGGCAGAACGUGCAUUCACUCAUCCUUGCGGCGGCGACAGGCUGGCCAGAGAGAAGCAUGACAAGGGCUCUUGCCCGGGUAGAAAUGCGCGAUAGACUCUUCUGUUGUUGUUGUUGAUUCUUUAUUUUAUAAUUUUCAGGGGAGGAGAGGGGGGGAGCGGGCGAAGCCUGAUAGAUUUUCGCCUGCGGACAAAGCCUAUUUCCCAUGCCAAAAAAAAAAGUCCAAGCCUCCUCCCCACAUCAUUUUUCAAUCGUUCCAAAUGUGCCGAAUAUUCAAACAACGGCAAACCGCAGAAAAAUAUUCUGGAAAACGCAAAUUAAAAAAAAUCGAGGAGCAAUGUUAAAAAUUCCGACAGCAAGGAACACAUUUUAAUAGCCACAAAAAAUAAAAAGAGAGAAUUUAAAAAAUUUGGGUUGCAACCCGUGAGCUGUUUGAAUCACAGCUUCCCUGCCAUGUUCUUCUCUCGCAAACCAAUGUCCUUCACACAUCAAGCUGGAUAACACUCGUUUGUAUUGUCCACACAGUCCAUUUGCCUUCACACGUCCACACACAUUCACACACACACACACACACACACAAAAGACAGACAUAAGAUUACACACAACACAUAGAGACAUGCAUACAUAAUUCACACAGACAAACAGCCAGACAGUGUCGGCAGAUGCACCACAUUCAUUCACAUAGACAGACAGUCGGGGCUGGUAUGUACAUGAACCAAUCAAUUAAUCAACCAAUCAAUCAAUCAAUCAACCAAUCAAUCAACUAUUUUCCUCGAUUUGUCCGGUAUCUCGGUGACGUGCACAUCCGAGCGCGUUUUUCGACACCAGAAAUUGCCAUUUUCCGCGGGCGAAAACCCGGGGGGCCCACUCGUCCGGGGACUUUGCCCCUCUUCUGCCCUCAUGUCCUCUUUUAAGAUGGUUUAAGAUCUCCCAAACCCCUAAUUUUAAAAGAACGCAAAUACACAUUAGAAAAGGGAGGAAAUUCUGAAACAUUGGAAACAUUGCAAAUCCAAGGGAGGAACCUUGGAUGGGCUGCAAAAAUGAUACGGUAGCGUCCUCCUCUGAGCCUGUCUGUGUGUGGAAGCAAGAAAGGCGAGAGAUACAGACAGUCGAACCUCUCAGAGAGAGGCGCUAUCGCGCCACCGCCCUCUCUGUACGUGCGGGCAGGGUGUGAGAGAAAGGGGUGACUGGCUGUAGAUGGCUGAUGUGUGGAUGAUGUGACGUGACGUGGAACAGGGGAAGGGCGAUGUCAGGUGAUGUCCUCAGCGACAGUCCAAUCACGAUACGCAACAAAAGCACAAAGGCUGCCAAAGCCGAAAGGCUGGGAAUCGACCUGUGGUGUCCGGCUGCAACCAUGAAAAGGCAAAUGCUGCUCUAUGCGCUUUCUGGACAGCUCUAUCCCACUCAGCUCUCUGUACUUUGCAAGAUUGUCUCUAUGACACAUCUUGCAAUGCACACAUGCCUGGCUGGCUGCAGCCCUUCGACUGCUCCACUGACAUGUGCGUUGGCUACAGACAGCAUGCAUCACAUCAUGCAAGGGUUCCCUUACGCACCCUCCAUGCACACAUCCAUCCAUCCAUCCAUCCAUCACCAUCCAGGUAAGGAUUUACCGUGUAAGGAGUUCGCGAUUUGAUAUGACGUAUGCAUGACCGUGUAAGGAUUUACUGCGAUGGAGUCCACUUCGCAUCAAAAACUCGCUCGGCACACCACCGAAAUACCUGGAAACAUCGUAGAAAAUCAUUGAUCGAUUGAUUGAUUGAUUGAUGGAUGGAUGGAUCAGUUGGUUGGUUCAUGUACGUGCUCUGUGUGUCUGUCUCUUCGUCUAUCUUACCCCUAGUCUAUCUGUACAUACGUAUGGAUUGCGUCUCAUGAAUGAAUGUGGUGCUAUGAAUGUAUGGCUGUUAUGUAUGCUCGUAGCUGAUGGUAUGUCUGCCUGCAAGCGCGUGUGUGUGUUUA